AUGGAGAAUUUCAGCUAUCCCGUUUCAAGAAUCGGUUGUGACGACAAGAUCAUGCAGACUCGACGUCAAUUAGAUGAGGUUAUGGACAUGAUGCGAUCAAAUAUUGAAAAAUUGUCGGAAAGAAGUGAAAGGCUUGAAGAUCUUGCUAGCCGUGCACAAGUCCUGGAUAUGUCGUCACAAGAAUUUCAACGUUGUGCCGGUGAAGUACGCCGUAAGAAGAUGUGGAAGGCCUAUGCAACAAAAAUAGUAGCUAUGGCGAUCGUUGGCAUCACUGUUAUUUCUACCAUUGGCUACUUCGCCAUUUGAAUCCGCACAUUAUGUCCUCUGCUCUAAUUCUAUGUCUAUGUAUGUUCGCUAUGAACGAGCACGACAUAUGCGGUACAACAGUAC